CUUCAGUCUUCUCGAAAACAUGGAGCUCGUCUUAUCGGGAAUUCUGGUCAUAGCCUGCCUUUUUAAUUUCACCAAAGUAGGGUCGGCUCGCUUGCUUGACAGGAACUGUGGAAUAUCAACGAUUGAUGAUAUAGGAGGUCUCAUUCACCAUGGUCAUAGUACGACUAACAAGGAGAACCCAUGGAUGGUAAGGGUCUUUACACGAAAUGGUCCCACAAAUGACUCGUUUACAUUCGUAUGCGGCGGCACGCUUAUCACAACACGUUUGGUUCUUACGGCCGCGCAUUGCGUUUUCUUUAACGAAACGCAAUUGCGCUUGGGCGACUUUUUAAUCACUGACCCCGAACCAGAUUGCUCUUCGGGUAAAUGCAUAGAUAAGGCGCCUAUUCGUACAGCCGAUAUGAAAUUUGUUCACAGGGAUUACACUGGGAAAAACGGAAAGCAGUUCGAUAUAGGCGUGUUUCGAAUGGACAAGGAGGUGUUGUAUUCAGACUAUGUUAGACCUAUAUGUCUCCUCGUCGAUGAGGAAAUGAACACCAUUACGAAAUUCAACGUCACCGGCUGGGGUAUGACCGAAGAAAAGAAACUAAGCCAUACACUACAAGCAGCGACAGUUUACCCUACCGAAAGAACCUUUUGUAACCGGAAGUUUACAACUCAAAUUGACCAAUCCCAGAUAUGUGUCGGCAGUAAUUUAAGUGCCACAUGUGUGGGCGACUCAGGAGGCCCUUUGAGCUAUGCAAUGCAUUACGAAAAUCAGACCAGGACAUUUCAGUACGGUUUGGUUAGCUUUGGAUCUAUAUAUUGCACUGCUAAUUCUUCAUAUGGAGUUAUCACAGAUGUAACCCACUACAUGAAAUGGAUUGAGAAUGUAAUCCAGGUUUCUCAAAUACAGUACGCAGGUAACGACGGUUUCUGGCAUAAAAUUGCUAUAAUCCGUUUUCCAUUUGGAGAACAGCACCAUGAGCAACAUUAAAAUAAACUUUAAAAACGCCCA